UGAGAUUUCUCCUCUAUGUCUGAAUACCACUUUUCUACAUAAACAUGUAGAAGGGUAUCUUCUUUUGUACUUAGGCCUACUACUCAUCUUCUUUUGCAGUUGAGGUGAGCUCAUUUGAAAUUUCUCGGCGGGUUGCCUGCUCAUCUGAUGGUAGAGGUCACCCACUGAAUACGAGCCUUGAAGAAAGUUUUACUAUCUCGCGCGAUGGGUGUCAUUUCUCUUGCUAAUGAGUCGCUUGGUAAUGGUCCUGAUCCAGCGUAAUUAGGGGGUCAUUACACUUACUGCUGAAUGAGAAUAGGCUUGGAACCUACGUGCUUUAGUUGCCUCAUUAUGCGAACGCACCGUAAGGACCGACGGGGAGUGUGAAUGGGUAGGCUACUUAAAAGUUCGAACAAAACAGGGGGAGGAGAAAUUGGGAGUCCGGUCUCAAAUUUCGGUCGACGCAAAACGUAAAAACCUUUGUCGGAGAUACGGGAAUGAAUGUAUAACCCCAGUCAUUUACACACUUCACUUGGCGCCGUGGAGGGAUUCAUGCUGGACGGUUGGAUAAAACGUUCUGGGGAAUAUUAAAUUACAGUUAAACCAUAGGUCAUCAACUGUACAAUUAAACGACAAGAACUACCACAACAAUGGCCGCAGGACAUCUUGCACGGAUUGUUUUAAUCUUUCUGUGUGUCAUGGUUUUAAUAAUAACUGCGCAAAGCCGCGUGCUUCUGGUACAGCGAUUUAAAUCUGUCAGAGAAAAUACGGAUUUGCGGAUCAAUUCGCAUCGGCGAGUUCGUCGUGGAAGUGUGGACUCUGACAUGGAGCAAUGCGCCGUUUUGACUGCACCGUGGAAUGAGGCCACCGGACCAGUGGACAGCCAAGAAAAGUUGUAUCGCAUCAGGGUACAUUCCAUGUUAGAGGGAAGUGCGCUGCGGACUGUUUUUCCUGAGCAACCGCUUUUCCGCUUCAUUAGACGGGUAUAUCGAUGCUGUCAAAUGGGAUACCACUGUGGAAGUGUGAAGGGAAUUCAAGGCCGACUGCAUCAUGGUACUGAUUUAGAGUUCAUUCUCAGCCAGGAUGUUUUGUCUGUUGCUGUCAUUCGAGCUGAAAUGCACCUUCACCUCUCAAAUCCUCAGCAUCUGAAAGUGGAGCCAUUAAUACUAUAUCUGGACAAACGCAAGCUACCCACCAGGUACCACUCAAGGUCUAGAGAUGGUUUUGAGGAAACAAAGCUGGACCUCCUCUUCUUCUUCCAAGCACUGCAGCAGACGGUGGGUAGAGUACAAGGAAGCCCCAGCCUGAUACACAUGCGCCGGGUGGGGGGCCUGACAAGGCCAGGGGCCACAGUGGAGCCCCAGGAAAUGGCCCAGGCACUGCAAGACACAGAGGACACGGCAUGGGGCGGAGGGGAGACUGCCAGCCCCCUGCUAGAGGCGUUAGAGCUGGGUUUCGCACUGCAUUGCUGGAAGAGUGGGAAAGCUGUGCCAUGCGAGGCAAAUGAAGUUAAAUUGCAGCACACCCCAUUUAUCACUCUCUCAUACAGAUAGAUAUGAGUGAGUUGGAAAAGGCUAUAUCACAUAGAGUUGAGUACUACUCUUAAUGCUGACAAACAUGUGGGCAUGCGCACAAACAAUGAACCUGCAGUUGGAGGCGAUGGAUUAGUAUCCAAGCUCUCAAAUCCUGCGGUCUACUCUCCUUUCUCUUCACUAACAACUGGUGUGAAUGGCCUGUGAAUAUCUCACCAUUAUCUGGCUUAACACUUCCCUCUAAAUGCCCCCUUUUGUCCCCCGGCUCAGCUGGUCAGCUGCAUAAAGUUUACUUGGACCUUAAGUGCCCAUCUUAAAGGGGAUAUUGUGCACUUCUCUGAAAGUUGAAUAUAUUAACUUAUAUUGGUGUUGUUUUGUAAGAUAAGAUGUUGUCACACUAAACACUGUAUAUAAGAACAUAGUUUAUAUGAACAUGUCUUUUUUAAACAAAACAGUGUGUUUACAUCUUAGGAUGUUUAAGAUAUAAAGCAUGCAGUUAUGUAAAGUUGUAAAGUUAUGUAAAUAAAUCUAUUAAUUCAUAGA